AUGGAUCAGGGCACGCGUAGCAGCAGCAACGAUGCUGCUGCUCCAGCCCCUUUGCUGGACGUUGCUGCAUCAACAGGAGUGGCAUUUAGUAGUAGAACGGCUGCUGCUGCACCGGUCUUCCGUCUGGUUGCUGAAGCGCAGCGCCGCGUCGAGGCGGCUGCCGCUACAGCAGCAGAAGACGUAUUGCAGUGUCUCUCAGCGGGAGUUCAGCAACAGCAGCAACCGCAGCCGCAGGAACAGCAGCCGCUGCAGCAGCAACAGGUUGAAGCUACAGCACGAAAAGACGUGGAUUACGUUUUCCGCUGGCACACAGCAGCAGCAGCUGGUGAUGCAGCGCCCCGUGAACACCAAAGAGAGCAGGAUAGUCACGCUAGAGCAGCAGCAAAAGCAGCUGCGGCAGUGCGGACACCUGGAGCACCCUUGAGCCUUGUAGACGUUUGGCAGCAGCCGCCUCUUUUUCCGGUGUACAUACACCUGAAAACUCUGACGCGAGGGUUUUUGCCUACUGCUCUUGUUGCCGCGCUGCAACAGGAGGCAGCAGCAAUAGGAGUGCAGCUGUUGCCGCAGCUGCAGCAAGUUUGCCUCUUCCAGGGCAGCACAGCCUACCUGCUGCCUCUAGCAGCAGCAGCGGGAGAUGCGGCAGAACCGUCUGUGUUGCGCCUAAAGGCAGGCGCUCCUGUAGUUGCUGCUUGCUGCUGCUUGCGUAGAGCGCAGCAGCAGCAGGAACCUAUGGAGGCGGGGCAGCAGCAGCAGCAGCAGCUGUUGCUGCUGUUGCUUACAACGCAGUCUGUGGCUUUUUUUGCUGUGGUGUUGCUGCGGCAGCAGCAGCAACGACGGCACCGCGGCAUAAUUGACUACGGAGCAGGCGGCUGCUGUCCUCUGCUGCUGCCUGCUGCUGCAGGGCAGCAGCCACAGAACAGCAGCACCAGCAAGAGUUGUAACGUGGUGCAGCAGCAGUUGUGGAUGGCGCAGCUGGUUGCUCUGGAAGAUCUUUCGGUGGACCUUCCAACAGACAUUCGAUAUUUGCUGCAGCAGCAGCAGCAACAGCGAGAAGAGCAGCAGCAGCAGCUCUACCGUAGCCCAUGGUACCCAGUGCCUCGUUUCUUUGCGCAGCAGCAGCAGCAGCAGCAAGACGGCAGCAGCACCAUGUAUGCUUGCAUAGGGGGGCAGAUUCUGCAGAUAUCGAUUAACGCGAAUGCCACUCGCAGUUAUGUGCGGCGCCUGCCUCUCCGUCUCAGCAGCAGCUGCAGCACCACCUGCUGCUGCGACCCCACAAGCAACAGCAGCAGCAGCAAGAGUAAUAGCAACAGCAGCUACAGCAAUAGCGUUGGAAGCGGGGACUUGGGCGAUUCCUGUCCUCGGUGCGCGGCGGCCGCCGCAGCAGCAGUGCAGCGGCUGCAGCGGCACAGCGGAGCAGCAGCAGCAGCAGCAGCAGCAGCAACAGGAUCGUGCCCAGGUGUUGUGUUUGUCCAGGAGGCCGGCGAGAGGCUGCUGGCAGCAGCAGAUGAUGCUGGUGGGGUGUAUCUGCUGCGCCUAGAUAGCCGCAGAGAAGGCCGCCUGUUCUCCCGUAUUGCUAAAGGAUUUGCUGCACUUUUCCGACUGCCACAUAUAACAGCUUUAGGUACGAGUGGGACAAUGAGCGUAGAAGAAGCAGCAGCAGGAGCUCCUGCUGCUGCUGCGGAAAGCGGGAGCUGCCAAAGUCAGAUGGAAGGCGAGGAUGCGUGCGAUUGCCCGCUUUGCUGUAAGCAGCCCGACACUGCACCAGUAACACCAGCAACAGAAACGGGAGCAACGGAAGCAAGGGACGCCUCUGAAGUCACAGAAGAGGAGAGGGAUUCCUCAGGGCCUCCCGCAGGCGCUGAAUGCGUAGCGUACAUCUCCCCCAACUGCUGGCAGCAGCAGCUCCUGCAAGAGCAGCAGCAGCAAGAUCAGCUGACGGUCGCAGACCUGUGUUGUUCCUUCACGCCGGAUGGCUGCCCAUUGCUGACUCUCGUCACCUCGAGAGGAGACCGCGUGAUGCUGCUGGCAAAUCGGAGUCAAAAAGUUGUUGUCGCUGCUGCUGGCAGCAGCAGCAGCAGCCGCAACGGCUGCUCGCUCGUCAGGGGAAGUUAUUCUCUACGUGUUCUUUCCGUUUUGCUUUCCCCCGAAGCAGCACAUUACCGGGAGAUGGGAAGUGAACCCAUCAACAGCAGCAGGAGCAACUGCAACAAAAGCAGCAGGUGCAGCGCCUUAGUAAGGGGUUCAUCGCGCUGGCCUCUCCAUGACUUGCAACAGCAGCAGCAACAGCACGACCAGCCGCAGGGCGGCCAGCAGCACCAGCAACAACCUGCUGUCACUGUCUGCAACAAUGGCCUGUUUGUCUUUUCAGAGGGCAGCAGCAUGCAGGAGGAGCAGCAGCAACAGCAGACUGCGACUACAAACAGACAGUCGGUGUUGCUGUCUCUUCGCUCUUCCUGGCCCUCGGACGCGCCCGUCAAAGCAGCAGAAGCAGGCAGCUAUCCCUCUGCAGUUGCUGCCGCUGUUGCUUCAGUGCAGCAGCCGAUGCAUCUGCACUGCUGCUGCCGCCUGUCGCUGCGUUCGCCAUUGUUGGCAGCAGCAGAAGACCGACUUUUGUGGUGGCCGCUGCAGCAACCUCAGCUAAGCAGCAACAACACCAACAGCAGCUUGCGCCAGCUACUAGGGGGCUGCACGGAAGGCCUCCCAGAGUUCCUAGUUGCCCCUGCUGGAGGUAUCUCUGAAGGAGCUGGAAAGGACGUCCAAGCAGCAACAGCAGCAGCAGCAACACCUGGAAGUAGCAGCAGACGUUUGUGGCUCUUCACCCCUACGGAAUUCUUACUUGUCGAUGUUUCGACUCGUAGCAGCAGCAGCAGCAGUGUGUGCUGCCGUGUUGUAGGCGCAGCAGCAGCAAAACGAGGUGCUGCUGCGCUGCGGGCACACUGCACUGCUGCGAAGACGGUUCGGCAACAGCUACUGCAGCAGCAGCAGCGCAGCGUGCUUGGUCGUCUGCAGAUGGAGGCAGAUGCAGCCGCAGCAGCAACGGAAGCCGCAGUUGCUGCCAUUGAAUGCAGGAGGGAGUUCCCCCUGCUCCCCCCUGCAGCGCCUCAAACACGGUGGGGCUGUUUGCAGCUUCUUGUGUCCCUUCAGGUCGACAAUAACAACAGCGACUGCAGCAAUGUUUUGCAAGGACGCAACCUACCACGUCUGACCCUCAUUGCAGAUGCAGCAGACAGCAACGGCAGUAACAGCAGCGAGCAGCUGCAGCAGCAGCCUCAGUGGAUUGGUGCCUUAGAGAUGCGCCUGGCACUCCUUGUAGGGCGUCUUUGGGGCACUCCCCUAUAUUCGUCCACCAAACAGCAGCAGCAGCCUCAGCAGCAGCAGCAACAACAGGAGGGCACCACCGUCACUGCAUCAACACCGACACCAGCAACGAUGCCUGUCUGCCGGCUCCCACUUCCUUACCUCGAGUGGUUGUGCGCGCAACUGGAUUUGUUGCUGCAGCAGCUGCUGUUGCUUGUGGGUCCCCGCGCCUCGACAGUGUCUGCUUCACUUGUGCAUGCACUUGCUGCUUCUCAUCAUCCGCCGUGGACUUACCACAGGAGCAGCGGCGGCAGCAACGGCAGCGGAGACGAAAAGGCGGAUGGUGUGUUCAUGCUGAAGCUGCUGGUAGGGUGUAUAGAUAGUUUGGGAAACCUCCAGCGGCUAUUGGAGGCCGCUCCAGGUGGUCAGCCCUAUCGCUUGCAGUUACUGCGGUUGCUGGGGUUUGUGCUGCUGCUGCUACUGCUGGAGCAGCAGCUGCGGCUUAUUGCUGCUAUCGAGCGUUUACCUCGCAGCAGCCGAGCGUUUAUUUGGCAGCAUGCAGAUGGGCUCUGGAGGGGUACUGCAGCAGCAGGGGCUUCUGUAUCAGCAACAGCAGAUGCAGCGGGAAUUCCAAGCCAGUUAAUGUGCACCAGGACGCUUGCUCAGAUAUUGCAGUGCAGCAGAAUCCAAAAGCGGCUCUGGCGCUGUCUCAGUACUGCACUGUUAAUGGUGCACCACCAGUCUUCCCCCUCUCUCCUACAGCAGGGUGGCCAAUCUCUACAGUCCUCACCAGCAGCAGCAAUCAGGAGCAACAGGAACGACAGCGAAGCUUCUUCGUUUUUGGGACUCCGGUGGGCUUUGGGGGCAGCAGACACUCGAGCGCUCUUUUGCUGGGAGGCUCAGGCGUACAUGCUGCAGCCGCAGCAGCAAGGGACCUCUUCUGGGCUUCUCCAGCUGGCCGACGCAGUCCUUUCGAGAUUUGCUGGAUGCGCUGCAGAACAACGGCGCCAGUUGAUGACGGAGUGCUUGCUGCAGCUACUGCUGCAGCAGCAGGAUGAUUCGUUUUCAGCGGUACGUCUGGCGGUGCAGCAGCUGAUGACUGCAGCAGCAGUACCGCCGGCAGCAACACUCGGCCGGCCAACUUCAAGAGUAAGAAGCCUCCCCUCUAGUGAAAUUGAAGUCGGACUUCAAAUAUCAGAUGUCGUUUCUGCAUUUAAAGAAGCCAUUCGCCUAGCUGCUGCUGCUGAGAACAACAGCAGCAGCAACCAGGAUGGUGCUGCUCUCGGCUGGCAACGUCUUUUGCCGCGGGUGCUGGGAUAUCAGUGCAGGGAACGUGUACUACUGGAUUGUUCAACUCUCCAGGUCGCUCGCGUGUCUCAGCAACAGCAGCAGCAGCAACAGCAGCAAGAGGUAGAAGGCUUGUGGAUGAGGCUUGAGCGCAGCAGCGGAGGAGAGCUGCCGUUGCUACUGCCGGGCGAAUUGCUGCAGUGGGUGGCACUCGAUUGUCUGUUUGAGGCUCAUGAGCAGCAGGUGCUGCAGUGUUGCAGGGAGGCAGUAGCAGCAGCAAGCGCUGCUGCAGUAGCGGCAGCAAAUGUUGAGCCAGUGCAGCAGUACGCUGCUGUGGUGACUGCAUGCAAUAUGCUGGACGACCCCAUUUGCUGCGGUCUUUUGCUGCGCUGCCGCCCAGAAACGUUGCAGGAGUGGGCUGUCUCAUCCCUUCUAACAAUAUACGGCAGCAGCAUCAACAGCAGCAGCAGCUGCUCUGUGGGCGCCUCGAUUGUGCGAGCGUAUCUUCAUUGCUGCUUUAGCAGAGGCCUUCUGGCCCAAGGGGGGCUGCUUGCCCAAUUGUACACCGAGCAGCAGCACCAGCAGCACCAGGAUCGCCAGCGUCUGCUGGCAGCAAGCAUGUACACGGCGUUGGCUACAACAGAUGCAACAGCAACGCAGCAGCAGCCAGGGCCGUCAGCAGCAGUUCGAUGUAUGGCCGCAGCGGAGGCGCUGCAGCUGCUGCAGGAGGUGCAGCAGGAGCGGGUUUCUCUCAUUGCUGCAGGCGCCUGCACUCCAACUUGUGGGAGUGACCUCGGAUCCCUAUUUUGCUCAGUUGUAGACGAGCAGCAGCAGCACCAGCAGCCUCAGACUUUGCAGCAGGAAACGGAGUUGCUGCAGCAGAUUAUCUUCUCUCUGAACACCCUGCAAACGGUUGUCAAAGAACUGCAGCUGCCGCUGAUUUAUUGGGUCGCGCUGCAGCAGCUGCAACUGCAGCAGUGCGGACAGCAACAGCAGCAGCUGUGGGUGACUUCCCUGAGCAGUUCAGAUGGGCUUGCAGGGCCUUUGCGCUUCUCGCUGCUGCCCAUGCCUCAGCUGUUCCGUUUUGCUGCUACAGCAGAUGCACCUCAUCUGUCUCUGCGGGCACUGCUGCUCGACUUGGUGCUGCACUUGCCUGCUGUUCUGCUGCAGCAGCAGCAGCAGCAGACGGUUGGAGCUGCGGAGAGUGUUCAUGCAGCAGCAGCUGCUCUCCUCUCUCGCCUAUUUCUUCAGGCGUCGGCAGCAGCUGGUAGCUGCCCUACGAUUAGCAUGCUGCAGCAGAUGCUGCCCCCAGCUCAACAGUUGGCAGGCAGUCCUGUACUGCUGCUGCUGCUACGGUGCUGCGACUUCGCUUGGUCGGGAUUGCCCACUCUCUCCAACGCUGCGACCAAUGCAGCAGCAGCAACAGGAGGAACAGCGGUGGAGGUGUUGCAGAAAGGCAACAUGUUUGUGCGCUGCUGCCUGGAGGUGCUGCAUGCCGUGUGGAGGGAGCAGCAGGAGCAGCAAGAACUGCAGCAACAGCAGCAAGAGGAACAAGCCUCACUGCCUGGUGACCUUGUGCUGAUUGCAACAGGAUGGUGUCAAGAGGCUGGGUUUUCUUAUGCAGAUGCUGUUGAGAUGUACGUACACCUUCUCGCGGAAGAGACGCUUAUUGAGCAGACGUGCGAUAUCUUCAAUGCACAGCUGCAGCAGCUGCAGCAACAGCUGCAGUUGCAGCACCAGCAUCAGCAGGUAUGUGGACCUGUGGGCUUGUCUCAAGUGCGUAGGCAUCUGCAACAAGUUCUGCUGCGGCUGCUGUUGGUCUGGCUAAAGGCAGCAGACGGUGUAGGACCCCACAGUAGUUCUGUAUAUGCAGUAGCCCACUCGGAGGCUCUGGAUGCUCUAUUAAAUCAUCUGUGUGAGCCGACGGACAAUACACCGCAGCAACAGCAGCUAGCCGAGUCUGCAAAGCUUGUUAAAGUACUACUGCAAAGUGCAUCAGCAGCCAAGACGCCCCUUGAGCAGCAGCAGCAACAGCAACAGCAGCUGCUUCAGCUGCAGCGACAGCAGCUCCUGAUGCUCCCACACGCCUAUCCAGACGCACUGGGCGGUGCAACGAGCGGCUGGAUGGAGGGGCUGAUGAGGGAAUAA